ACAGCCGAGAAACUGCCGGCAGUUAGUUUUAGGUGUGCGUGGGCGAGCCUUAUCGAAUUGAAUAAAAUUGGUGUAGUGUUUUGGUAAAAAAAUAAUGUGAUAAAACGGAAAUAUUUCCUUAUUAAUCAAAAAAUUUUAUUAUCAAGAAUAAACAAAUUGAACAGCUAAAUUAAAUAAAAUCAAUAUUUAAUAUGAAUAAGAUUGGAUGAAACGUAAACAAAAUUGACGUUGUGACGGACGAAUGAGACAUGGUUGACCAGCAAUAGGUCACGUAGCCAAGAAAAACUUUUGUCCGAGAACUUGAUGAACAUUGGUCAUGCAAGCGUUGCUAUGGAUGUUGUGUACCUUGAGUCUUGGAUUGUCAGCAACUGUGUCAGUAUUCGCAGUUACCUUCGAGGAUGCAGCUUUACCAGUGAAUCGUGACAGUUCUGUUAAUCAGUAUCAGUAUAUUCUAAUGGAAGAAAAUUCAUCUCUGAAAAAAAGCCGUCAGAUGAAAAAUUUUUUUAAUUUGAUUGGGCUUAAUAUUCAAACAAUGAGUCAAGAAUGCAAAAAUGGUGAUCUAGUGGAGUGUUUCAAGUCCAGGCUGAUCGGAUUAAUUAUUAAUUUGUUUGAUCAGCCCGAACAGUUUUAUAGCAAAAAUGUAAAAGAUGCUUUUUUAAGAAAAAAUUUUGUAUUUGAAAUUUAUCGUCAACCGUACCAGUACUCAGGUUCAGUAAGAUCGAACAAAUUUGAGUUGGAUCAAUCAAUGGAGUUCUCUGUUGAAAAAACAGAUAGUUUUAUAAAAACAUCUGUUGUUAAAACAGAUGUACCACCUCCAAGAAUGAGAGGAAUCGAGGUUUAUGCACCAAGGUUUUUGGAUGAGAUUGCGGAUGAGAUUGAUACACUAGAGAAUAAAAAAGAUUCUCUUUUUUCACGGCAUCGUUUGAGGGAACUAUUGAUCCCAAUGUUGAUAGUUUUGAAAUUAUUCAAACUCAAAUUAUUACUCUUCCUACCUUUGAUACUUAGUUUUGCAUCAUUAAAAAAAUUCUUAGGAUUCAUGGCAAUUGUAAUACCUGCUUUAAUUGGAUUUUUCAAACUGUGCAAACCGAUAAUGAGCAAUUAUCAACCACCAGUUUACACAAAGAAUGGUCUCGGCUCUUAUUCACACCACACAGAAACUGUUACCCAUGGGUAUCCAGUACAUCAAAAUAGUUAUGAUGAUGAUGAUGCAACUGAUUAUCAUUCUGAUGGCGUUUCAUUUGGUCAAAAUUUAGCCUAUCAUGGUCAAAAGAAAUAUUAGGAAAUUGAUUUUUAAAGAAAUAUAGUAUAAUACAUUAUUAGUAAAAAAAAUGUACUGAUCUAUGAAUUAUAAUUCUAAUAAUUGUAAAUAUUUUUUUUUAUCCACGUGGCCAGUUAUAUUAAUAUUUUUGUAAGUUAAUUGUAUAAAUAGUUUUGUAAAUAUUAUGAAGUAUAGAAAGAUAAAUUGAUAUUUAUAACAAUAAUAGAGAAAAAAGUUUCUCCUUCAAAAUUUCGUGAUUCAAAUAAA